AUGCAUAGGAUGGCAUUGUCCAAAGACUACCACAACGAACGCAUCAUCCUCAAGUCCAAGCAAGAAGAGCACAUCAACCCCGUGCAACACCACGCCGCCAUCGAAACCCUCUACCAAGAGCACGCCAAAGCCAUCUUCGACCCCCAAAUCUACCUCCAAAUCCAUAUAAAUUACGAUGAGGAAGAAAAGCUGAAGAGAAGGAAGCCAAAUAUCGCAGAUGCCACGAACAGGCGAAUUUCCACGUCUCCCAUAAAGGCUAUCAGGAAAAGGAAGGAGAGCGGGUAUUCAAGCAACAUGGAAGAGGUUCCUAUCCAGCCGCGUGGCUUGUUCUGGCAGAACGACUUCAUAACACACGAGCACGAAGCGCGCCUGAUACAAAUCUUUCAGAACGAGCUCGAGUGGCCCGAGCGGUCAGGUCGACUGUCGCUGCACUAUGGCUACACCUUCGACUACAAGACAUUUGGCGUGGAUCCAAACGUCCCGUUCAAAGAAUUUCCUGAAUGGCUAGUCCCCUUGAUUCCUACGAGGGAAGGCAGACCGCCCGAUCAGGUUUGCCUACAGCACUACCCGCCCGGCGCGGGGAUUCCUCCGCACGUAGACACCCAUUCAGCAUACGACCAGUUGUAUGCACUGUCGCUAGGAGCGCCGGUAAUGAUGCAGUUCGCGCGAAGUAGCGACACUGGUCCCGAUGGCGACAGCGAACAGAAGGAGGUAGUUGAGGUUGACUUGACUCCACGAAGCAUGAUGCAGAUGUCGGGUGACUCACGACUGCACUGGACGCAUGGCAUCAAGAAGCGCAAGACAGAUACGCUGCGGGAUGGUACCGUGAGGAGACGCGACGAUAGGUGGAGUAUCACAUACCGCUGGGUCCGAGAACCCGCCGUGUGUAACUGCGGCAACACCAAGCUAUGCGACACGGCACAGCAGCAACUGGGAAUAGAAAGGGAGUUGAGAUGGAAGAAGGCGGGUGAGGGAACAACUGUUGGACUGCUUCAAAAGUUCGAAUGA